AUGAAAAUGAUGUCGGACGACAUCAUGAAAGAAAUACUGAAAUAUUUCAUUUUGGGAUGGGACUCGAAUUAUGCUUCAUGGAAUAUGAUUUUCAACAACAACGACAAGAGCGUAGUCGAUAUAAAUGGUGGACACAGAGGAACAGUGAUUGCAACGACUUCUUUUGUGACUGGAACUCAUUAUUGGGAGGUUUCUGUUCAAGACAUGCGAACUUUGUGUGUCGGAGUCACCGAAAUGCCAAAGAAUCCGCGAUCUCUGAGUGACAAGUGGCUUGGAGAGAUUGGUUACGGCAUCAGCUCGUCAAAUUGUUCUGUUCCAGACGGUACAGCAUUUCUUUGGAGCAAGGAACAAUUGUCGACAUCGACGUUGAAGGGCUUCACACAAAAGCAAACUGUCGGGCUACUGCUGGACAUGGACAAGUAUGAUCGCACGCUAGAUCUCUAUGUGGACGGGACGCGAGUUGGGACAGCCUUCAGCAAGCUGCCUCCUGGUCCCUUGUAUCCUGCAUGCUCCAACGGCUUCGACAAGGCGUUCUGCCGCGGACUCACCAUCAAGCUCGAGCUCCCCAUCCCGAGAGAUUUCGCCAAGAACAAGGAGAUUCGAAAGAAGGAGCAGGCGAAGGGAGGAACGAAGGGAAACUAUCAGAACGGUGAAGCCACUGGCAUCCUUGGCCCGCACGAUCACACAGCAGGACCUGUGGGAUCCGCGCCUCCGACGACAGGAAGCCAAGUUGGCUCGCUGCCUGCUUCGUCCACCGCUACCACUUCGGCAGCAGAUAUUAUGAAAGCAACUACUCCAACUGCUGCCUCCAUGCUCGCCCAACCCCCUGCGACUUUGAAGAAAUGA